CCAAAUGGGACGAUCAAACGGCGAAGAACAGUCGUGUUUCAGUAGAAAGACCAAACCACCGAACUAGGGUUUCGAAAUCCCCGCCAUUUUUCAACGACCCCCUCGCCGUUCCGAUUCUCCAACCUACGCAUUUUCAUGUAGUAAUCAUCUCUUGAUCGAUCCGUUUCUGUUCCGUAGCUCGCGGCUCUAAUGGUGAAGGUAGACGAAAGCCCACAAACCCCAGUGGCUUCCAAGCCGAGCCCGAACCCUAGGGAAGUGGUGUCGCAGGCCAGUUCGUCCCACCCGAACAAAGACGACGACACUUCUCCGCAGCCGAAGAAGCCUCCGACGCCCAAAGAGUUCAUCGUCUCCGUCGCCGCCAGGAUCUCAUCCCAGCCUCUCCAGAACUCCUUCGACCCCAACGUCUGGGGCGUGCUCACCGCCAUCUCCAAUAACGCCCGGAAACGUCAUCAGGGCAUAAAUAUGCUUUUGACUUCUGAUGAACACCGCAUCGGCCGGUUAGUGGAUGAUGCACGUUUCCAGAUAGAAUCAAAUGCUGUUAGUGGAAUUCACUGCAAAAUUUAUAGGAAGAAAAUUGCUGCUGAAGAUACAGAUAGUCCAUCUGCAUCUAUCUUCUUAAAAGAUACUAGCACAAAUGGAACUUAUCUCAACUGGGAGAAGUUGAAGAAGACCAGCCCUGAAGCGAAACUCCAACAUGGAGAUAUUGUAUCAUUUGCUGCUCCACCUCAACAUGAACUUGCAUUUGCAUUUGUAUUUCGAGAAGUUCUAAAGUCCAAUUUCUUGACUGAUGGUGCUAUUUUGAAGAGAAAAGCUGAGGAGUUUGGCUCUGAAAGCAAGAGACUUAAAGGGAUUGGCAUUGGUGCACCAGAAGGCCCUAUUUCUCUUGAUGAUUUUCGGAGCCUUCAAAGAUCAAAUAUGGAACUGAGGAAACAAUUGGAAAGUCAGGUACUUGCAAUUGAAUCUUUGCGGAGUGAAAAUCGUGCAGCUGUUGAGCAUCAUGAAAAUGAAGUAAAAGAUUUGAGAGAAUCGGUUUCAAAAUCUUAUCUUGAUCAAAUCAAAGAGUUGCAACAUUCAUUGGAAAACAAACAGAAGGAGCUGACAGAUAUUCAGAGAAUAUCAUCUGAACAAAAGCAUGCCAUGGAGGACCUUAAUGAAAGACUUAGUGCAUCAAUACAGACAUGCACUGAAGCAAAUGAAAUAAUAAACAGUCAGAAGACAUCUAUUUCUGAACUCAAGGCACAAUUAGAUGAAGAGCGAGAUCAAAGAAGAGAAGAACGAGAAAAGGCUGCAGUAGAUCUAAAGACAUCGAUACAGAGAGUUCAGGCAGAGGCUCAAGAGGAGCUAAAACGAUUUCAGGACACUGCCUUAAGACGUGACAGGGAACAGCAGGAAGUGAUAAAUAAGCUUCAGGAGUUAGAGAAAGAAAGAUGUGUAUUGGUGGAAACUUUGAGAUCCAAAUUGGAAGACACUAGGCAGAAAUUGGUUAUCUCUGACAAUAAAGUGCGACAGCUAGAAGCCCAAAUUUGUGAAGAGCAAUUAGUGUCUGCAAGUCGAAGAAAAAGAAUUGAAGAACUUGAACAAGAAGGGAAAAAAUUGAAGAAGGAGCUUGAGACUGAAAAGGCAGCUCGGGAAGAAGCUUGGGCUAAGGUUUCUGCACUUGAACUUGAAAUCAAUGCUGCAAUGUGUGAUCUUGAGUUUGAGAGACGUAGACUAAAAGGUGCCAGGGAAAGAAUUAUGCUUCGGGAGACUCAGCUGCGGGCAUUCUAUUCCACGACUGAGGAGAUAUCAGUUUUAUUUGCAAAGCAGCAAGAACAGCUGAAGGCAAUGCAGAGAACACUGGAAGAUCAGGAGAACUACGAGAACACAUCAGUUGAUAUUGAUCUCAAUGUCAACCCCAACAAUGGAAAUGUGAAUGGAAAACUCGGAAGAGGAGAGGAAACAUCAAGGUUUCAAAGCAAUACUGCUGUUAGGACAGGCUUGGGUCCAUCAACCGAUAGGUUUGGUAGAAGUCAAGCUGAAACAUCUAGUGAUGAAGCCAGUGUUACUGAAAAGCAUGACUGCGAUGUCAGAAGCCAAGAAGAUUGCCAAAACACCCAGGAAGAAGAAUUUACAAGCGCAGGGCAAUUGGUUAAGGGUGGCUUUGGUUCUGACAUUGAUGGUGUGGGUACUGCGCCUGUUCAGGAGGGCGACACCAUUGGGACGGAACGAGUCCUGGAAACAGAGAGCCCAGGAGCUGAUGGCGAUCAAAAUACUGAUUUAAAUAAGGUUGGCACAUUAGCUGGGGAGACAAUGCAGCUAGAUGAUGAAGCUCAUCUAGGGGAAGCGGCAGAGGGGCUUCUGAUGAUUUCUGGGGAGAAUUUGCAGCACUCCCAGUCUAACAGUCCCUUGGAAGCUCAAAACACUUUGGAAGAUACUGAAGCCGCAGGAACGAUCAGAACAGCUGAUCUUGUGGCUUCUGAGGUUGCUGGAAGCUGGGCUUGCAGCACUGCUCCGUCAGUCCAUGGAGAAAAUGAAUCUCCCAGAAGUAGAGACAAUGACGCCGAAGGUGCUGCAGCUUUACCCGACACCAGUCCUCAGGCAGCUGAGAGUCAAACCACCGCCCCGCCUUCUGGGGAGGUUGCAUUCAAACAGAAGAACGAACGUCAAGCCCUAAGCGCAAUGAUUGGGAUCAUUGCUCCUGAUCUGAAGGAGCAGUUUGCCAGUGCGGUUGAUGGUGAUCGUGGUCAAGAUGACCCCAAAAAGGGGUUCGUCUCUAACUCAGACACUGAAGAUUACACUGACAAGGACAAUGAUGAUGAUGAUGAUGAUGAUGAUAUCCAAGAAAAUUUUGUAGGUGAAUCAAGAUCUGAUGCAGAGAGACAGCAUAGUAGGGAGGACCCAGAGUAUGAAAAUAACAGAAGACCUGAUGAUACAAUGGAUGUAGAUGAGGACGAUGAAGAUACCCAAGAUGAUUCUGUUGGAUAGCAAAGGGGCAUGUAAGUGGAUGUUUGAAGAUUUCACUAAUUUCCUCUUGCUAAGUCUGUUGGCUGGCUAGACUUGAGUUUGUAUAUUUAUUUCUUUGGGGGACGACUUCUAUGGCAAGCCUGCUGUGAAUACUAGUGUAAGAACAAGAGAAAUAUAUAUAAUUAGUGGGAGAAACCUAAUCUAAAUUGCGUGCGUGUGUGAUUCUGAUGGCUUUCCAUAUGAAUCCCACUGUGGUUUCCGAGGGAGCAGAGAAAUGGACUUUUGAUAAGCUUGUGGUCA